GUUGAAAACAUGGCCUUCCUCUGGAUCCUCUCCUGCCUCGCCUUCGUUGGAGCCACCUAUGGCUGUGGUGUUCCUGCCAUCUCCCCGGUGGUGACUGGGUAUGCCAGGAUCGUGAACGGUGAGGAGGCUCUGCCCCAUUCCUGGCCCUGGCAGGUGUCCCUGCAGGACUACACCGGCUUCCACUUCUGCGGUGGCUCUCUGAUCAGCGAGAACUGGGUGGUGACUGCUGCUCAUUGUGGUGUGAAAACCUCUCACCGUGUCAUCCUUGGAGAGCAUGACCGUUCUUCCAAUGCUGAGGGCAUUCAGACCAUGAGAAUCGGCAAGGUCUUCAAGCACCCCCGCUACAACAGCUGGACCAUCAACAACGACAUCACCCUGAUCAAGCUGGCCAGCCCUGCUCAGCUGAGCCCCAGCGUGUCCCCUGUGUGUCUGGCUGAGGCCGGAGACAACUUCCCCGGAGGCAUGAAGUGCGUUACCUCUGGAUGGGGUCUGACCAGGCACAAUGCUCCUGACACCCCUGCCCUCCUGCAGCAGGCUGCCCUGCCUCUGCUGACCAACACUGACUGCAAGCGUUACUGGGGCAACAAGAUCUCUGACCUCAUGAUCUGCGCUGGAGCCUCCGGUGCCUCUUCCUGCAUGGGUGACUCUGGUGGCCCCCUGGUCUGUGAGAAGUCUGGUGCCUGGACCCUGGUUGGUAUUGUGUCUUGGGGAAGUGGCACCUGUUCUCCUAACUCUCCUGGUGUUUAUGCCCGUGUCACCGAGCUCCGUGCUUGGGCCGACCAGAUCAUCGCUGCCAACUAAUUCACCAUUUUUGUGGUUUCCUUUCAAAAUCAUAAAUAAAUAUGUGCAAAA